AUGGGCAGCCCUGUUAGCCCUGUUGUUGCAAAUCUCUGCAUGGAGAUAAUCGAGGAAGCAGCCAUCACUGCCUCCUCAACACGUCCAAAAAUCUGGAAGCGUUACAUUGACGAUAGUUUUGUCACAAUAAAGAAACAUUCUGUCGCAUCCUUUCAUGACACUCUUAACUCAAUUGACCCAAAGAUACCCUUCUUAGACACCCUGGUAUCCAGGAACAAUGGUGUCAUAACCAUCGAUGUUUACAGGAAAUCUACUCACACAGACCAAUAUCUGGAUUUUUAUUCACACCACGAAAUGAAACACAAGCUGAGUACUGCCACCACUCUCCUGAAUUGUGCUUCUAAUCUCCCAAGUACCCCCGAGGGAAAAGCGAAAGAAUUAAUCCACGUCACUGAUGCUCUGAAAUCGAACAGCUACCCACUAUCGGUCAUAUCUAACAUCUUGAAGAAGAAACCACCCCCGGUAAUCACACCAUCUCCAGAAGAAUUGGUAGGAAUGUUCUUUGGAUGGGUGAUCCUUCUGACUUACACGUUGGCUCCGCAGUUUUACCUUACAUCAAAGGCCUAA